UGCAACCGAUUUAAAUGCAUUUAAAGAAAUUCGCAGCUGACGCGAAAACAAUACUUUUUGUCUCACAAACAUGUUGUUUUUAAACACAUUUGAAUGCAAUUGCAUGUUUUUAGGCAACAUCAUUGAACAAAAACCGUGUAAUCCAAGGAACCACUUUAAAACAGGGCUAUAGUCCGUUUGAGUAAUUGGGGGUGGAUCUGGCUGAUGAAAAGAAAAUGGCUGCCGGGUUUAACUGGUUUCUUGUACUGAGCUCUGUGUUUCUGUGCAACCUCGUCAAAACAUUCCUGCCAUCCAUUUCUUCAUUUUUGUCAAAGAUCUUCCAUAAAGAUGCAGAUCAGGAGAUGGAGAUGAGGACUGAGAUCCAGAACAUGAAGAUGGAACUGUCAACCAUCAGCAUGAUGGACGAGUUUGCCAGAUACGCUAGACUGGAACGCAAGAUCAACAAGAUGACUGAUCAACUCAAAACUCUUGUUAAAUCCAGAACCGCACAGCAAGCAAAAAUGAAGUGGAUUGUAAAUAUUGUAUUUUACAUUCUUCAGGCGGCCCUCAUGAUCUCGCUCAUACUGAAGUAUUAUGCAGACCCCGUCACAGUGGUACCCAGUAAAUGGAUCGCUCCAUUGGAGAGACUAGUAGCCUUUCCUUCUGGAGUUGCAGGUGGUGUUGGAAUCACAUGCUGGCUUGUUGUAUGUAACAAGGUGGUGGCCCUCAUUCUACAAGCUGUCAGUUAAACGCAACUGUCAACAUGAAUGCACCAUGCUUGGAUUUUCCAUACGACAACAUAUGCUCAUGAAUGGUCUAAACUCAGUGAGUUGUUUUAAAAAAAGAAAAAGAAAGUCAUUUACUGUUCCGUUCAAUGGUUCAUGUCUUGUGUUUUUAGUCUUCAGUUUAGAUUAAUGGCAUUUAAAUAUCAUUAUUUACUAGCUUACUAAAGUAAAGAAAAAUAAUAACACGCAUUCCUAUCAAAUCACAGAAAAGUGAUUGAAUCUUAAUAAUGUCAUUUUAUUUUGUGACCAGCAAAACGUUUUGUUAUUUAUUAAUUGUACCAUAAAUGUGUAUUUGGGGUUGUUUUGGUGUUUAUUUUUUGUUACAAAU